GUUAGCAUCUUAGCUCCCACUGCUAGCUUAAGUCUUGUCGUUUUUCAGACCGGCACCUCCAUGGACGCCAGGAAGAACCGAACCCCUGCGCUCCCCGACCCCAGCGGCUGGCCCUCCCUGUUCCUACGGCAACCGCCCCGGGUCCUGAUCGUGGAGGCGCUGCCGCCCUGGUGGUCCCAGACGGGCCCCGUGCUCUGCGAGGCCCUGGACAACUUCCUGUCCCUGGCCUGCAGCGUGGCGGGCCCCUGCCGGGUUCCCCUGCUCUCGCUGUACGCCGUCAGCAGGCAGCAGGAGUGUCUGCUGCCCUUUGUGCACCUGAGCGGUAACCUGCCCAGGCUGCGCAGCUGCGUGGAGGAGCUUCGAUCCCUGCCUGGGGAGGGGUGUGUGAGGGCCCCACCUCGAGGAGGAGAGCUCCUCAGGCAGGCCGUGCUGGACUGCCUGCAGCAGUACAAUCAGUACACCAGACACAUGUCUGCCGGCAGCGGCACCAGCAACAACACGUCUCUGGAGGUUACCGUGGUGACCAGCCAGCCGGGGCGGGGCGUGGUGCGGCGGCUGGAGGCGGGGCUGCGGGGCGUGGACCUGGUGUCCCUGCGGCGCCUCCUGGUGUUGGAGAUCAGUACUGCAGCGGGGGACUGGGGCCGCGUCUCCGGCUCCCCCGAGGACAAGAGCUCAGCGGAGGAGGAGUCGCUGAUGCUCGGGACGGAGAUGGACCUGCAGCGAGUGGACAACAGCACGGUCGCCGUGGAGACGGUGCUGAAGUCCUGGCUCCAGGCCCAGGGGGGCGACCGGGAGCAGCUGAACCUCGUCCUGCCCGGGGGGGCGGACAGAGACAGCCCAGUAUACAUAAAGUGUGACGUGCAGGAACGUCUGCUAAGCCCCGCCCUCCUCCCGCUGACCCUAAACAUUGGCCCAAAGACCGAGAGCGCCGGAGAUCUCCCGCCCCCUGCCAAGGGUUCGGCCAAUCAAAACCCUCCGCCGCCAAGACUCACAGCCGUCAAGACUCUGCGCAUGGAGGGCGUGUGUGAGAGCGUGAUGUACGGCCUGCCCAUGGUACUGCGGCCCACCUCCUGCUGGCAGCUGGACUGGGACGAGUUGGAGAGCAACCACGAUCUGUUCCACGCCCUCUGUCACACACUCAGGAGCCGGGAUCUGUUCCUGCUGGUGAGGUCCGAUACGGCCCGUAGUCCUGCCGCCCCUCGCCCAGGCCUCCAGGCCCACUACGUCCUCCAGGCCUCCCCGUUCUCCUCCCUCCUCCUGAAGCCGGUGGUCUCCAGGGAGCUGCUGCUGCCCUGCCCCCUGCCCGCGCCCGCCCAGGACCCCCGGCCUGACACCCUGCACGCCAUACAGGGCAGUCUGGCCCAGCUUGAUGAAGACAGUGUGUUCAACCCUCUGUCUGUGACUAGUAACCUGUACCAGCACCUCAAGAACCGGGCCCUUCUCUCUCGACCCAAGUACCCCUACAGAGUACCUCAAGCGGCCAGAAGAGACCAGCCUCUCCCACCAGAGGGCGCCAAAGCCUCACACAUGAGGCCGCCCAGACAG